AUGCACGCAGAUGAGGCCCAGAGGCCGGCGGCGGCCCCUUCAAAGCUGAGGAAGGUGGGGUCGGAGGGGAUGCUAGUGCUGGCCGUGCCCAAGGACGUGGAAGAGUUCCGGACCAUGUCGGCGUACGGCCGCCUCAAGCUCUUCACGUACGACGAGCUCAGGAAGGCCACCGGCGACUUCAACCCGGGGCAGAUCGUCGGCGAGGGCGGCUUCGGCGUCGUGUACAGAGGGGUCAUCGACGGCGCCGUGCGCAAGGGGUACCCGCCCACGGAGGUCGCCGUCAAGGUGCUCAACCCGGAGGGACUCCAGGGCGACAGAGAGUGGCUGACGGAGGUGAGCUACCUCGGGCAGUACAGCCACCCGAAUCUGGUGGAGCUCAUCGGCUACUGCUGCGAGGACGACCACCGGCUGCUGGUGUACGAGUUCAUGGCCAAGGGCAGCCUGGAGCACCACCUGUUCCGCCGCGCCUGCAGCCUGUCGUGGACGACGCGGGUGGCCAUCGCGCUCCACGUCGCCAGGGGCCUCGCCUUUCUCCACGGCCCCGACCGCCCAAUCAUCUACCGGGACUUCAAGACCUCCAACAUCUUGCUCGACGCGGAAUUCAAAGCCAAGCUGUCGGACUUCGGGCUCGCCAAGGAGGGGCCGAUGGGCGGCGAGACGCACGUGUCCACCAGGGUCAUGGGCACCUACGGCUACGCCGCGCCGGAGUACAUAGCCACCGGGCACCUGACGGUGAUGAGCGACGUGUACGGCUUCGGCGUGGUGCUGCUGGAGAUGCUGGUGGGGCGGCGCGCGCUGGAGCCGAGCCGGGCGGGGGCCCGCGACGGCAGCCUGGUGGACUGGGCGCGGCCCAUCCUGAUCCGGCCCAAGAAGUUGGAGCGGAUCCUGGACCGGAGGAUGGGCGAGGUGGGCCCGGAGAUGGGGCUGGAGCGCGUGGCCCGCCUCGCCUACGACUGCCUCAGCCAGAACCCCAAGGUCCGGCCCUCCAUGGCCAGGGUUGCCACCACGCUCGAGGCCGUCCUCGCCGCCGGCGACGCCCCGCCACGGUGA